AAGCGUCGAUUAAAGGUAGAGAAAGUAUCGCGAGAGCCAAGCUUUUGACUCGAUCUCGCAAUGCUUGAUGUCAUGCAUCGAUCAGUCUGCGCAUAUGAAGCCGAACACAGGGAGUCACAUGAGAGCGAGAGAAAGAUUUUAGGCGAAGGGAGAGAGAUUUCUCCCUUUUUUAAAACACUCCACUUCCGAUGUAUGUGAAGUUUAUGUACAGACUUUUUUCAGCAAUGGCUGGACCGAGGCCUGUGGUGAUGAGCGGGCCCUCUGGGGCCGGGAAAAGCACUUUCCUUAAAAGACUUCUCAAGGAGUUUGAAGGCGUAUUUGGCUUCAGUGUUUCCCAUACAACACGAAGCCCCCGACCAGGAGAGGAGAAUGGCAAAGAUUAUCAUUACGUGACCAGAGCAGAAAUGCAGAAGAGCAUAGCAGAAGGGAACUUCAUUGAACAUGCUGAAUUUUCAGGGAACAUGUACGGAACAAGUAAAGCAGCUGUAAAAGUCGUUCAGGCCAACAAUUUGAUUUGCGUUUUGGAUGUUGAUAUGCAAGGUGUGAGAAGCAUUAAGAAAACCGAUCUUAACCCUAUUUAUGUGUCCAUCCAGCCCCCAUCAAUGGAAAUCCUGGAAAAUCGAUUAAGGGACAGAAAAACAGAAAAUGAGGAGAGUCUACAAAAGCGUUUGAAUGCAGCAAGGAUUGAUAUGGAAAUGAGCAAAGAGCCAGGAUUAUUUGAUGUGGUCAUCAUCAAUGAUGAUCUUGAUGCAGCAUAUGGGAGGUUAAAAGAAGCUCUUCUUCCGGAAAUUCAGAAGGUCAAAGUUUCCAACAAGGCUUAAAUGAAGACAUGCCUGCUAGCCACAGCAACCUCUACUUACAACCUUAUUUCCAUCAUAGUUUUUAAAUCAGAACAUUCCAUCCCAGAUGCUUUUCGGAUUCGGAAGUUCAGUCAAUACUCCAACAGCAGCUGAAUGUAAACUACAUUCACUUAUUAAAAGGUGCAGGGCAUUAUUCCAUACUAAGUAGAUGGUAAGAUUGCUACUUUAUUUACUUUGUAAAACGUCAAACUCCUAGAUUCAACCAGCAAACACUCAGAACACUCAAGUCUGUCUUUAAAACAUUCGUUUUGCUUCAUAUCUUUGCUUUAAAGGAAAACACAACACACACUUGAAAUUGCAGACUUGUGAUGUCUAACUAGCACCAUUCAUUUGUUUUUCCAUGCUGAUCAUCUCUAAUGAUAACUCCUGUAAAUAGUGUUGCAUACAUGUACAGAUUAACAAUUUCCAUUUACAAUAUUUUAAAAAUGACACUGCAGAUACUCCACAUUAUCAUCUCAGAAAUCGUGUUUCACCUGCACAUUACCGUAAUAUUGUAAUGUUGACUAGCUUUGGAAGUUUAAUAAGGGGUGCAAACCAGGUCAAUGCUGGCAGAUUAUAAACACAGCCAUAAGUUAUGUUAGCACCAUAAUAUUAUGUUUUAUGACAUGUUGUUCAUGCAUAUGCGUUUUAGGCUUUAGUCCAUGUAUAAAAAAAUCUUUAGUAGAUGCUUUUUUAAAAACCCCAAAAGUCUUAUUUGUUUGUAAUUUUUUUACUCUUAUUACUGUAUUACAUAUAUAACUUUAAAGCACUGUAACAAAUGACAGCAUGAUGUACAGUUAAUUAACUUCAACAACAGGCUUAGAUAGUCAUUUUUUUAGUAAUGAGAAUAUUUUUGAAGUAAAAUGUUUUUUUUAUAAUGAACUUUUCCACAGUGAUUUGUUUACAUGCUUAAUACAUUAAAUACAAUUGUGCCUCAUGCCAAACAACAAUUGAUGGAUACCCAAUGAUCCAUUUUAUUUGAUAAUUUAAGCUUGUGUCAACAAUCAUUUUUCCCCAUCAGUGAUAAUAUAAUGAGCUAAAUGCACUGCUGUAAUGUACAGAUGUAUGUAAUGUAUUACUUUUAAAAUGUGUUUGGGUUGUCUCUUUCUAUCGUGUGGCUAUUGAGCAGAAGAUAGCUUGUAUGUUGCCUGUCUACACUGUCAAAAAUAAAAGUACAAAGCUGUCACUGGGGCAGUACCCUUUAAAAAAGGUCCUAAUAUGUACCAUUUAGGUACAAAUAUGUAUCUUUGAACUGCCAAUAUGUACCUUUGAAGUACUAAUAUGCACUCUUUAGGUACAAAGGUGUAUCUUUUUGAAAGGGUACUGUCCCAGUGACAACUGUUGUACCUUUAUUUCUGAGAGUGUAUUGCAUUAGAGUUUGUAAAUACAAAUACAUACAAAUAAUGUAAUGCAGUUUAAAUUACAUGUAAACAUAAGAAUAAAACAGGGAGGAAAUCUUUAAAAUUUAGGUUUUGCAUUAAAUAGCACAACAAGGAAACCAAAUUACCAAAAAAUUGCAUUUUUUAUUUAUUUAACAAUAAGCAGAUCAUAGGUCUUGGAUUAAUUUAUGUGUCUUCUAAUAUUUUUAAAUGAAAUAUUAUGUAUCCAGAGACUUUUAAUCUGAUAAUGUUGUUAGGCUUUAAAAUGUGAGACUCCAUUGUCUGCAUUUUCUAGGGUUUGUCAUCGCUGUACAAAGUUUUAAGCCUCAAGAGUUUUAUUGAAUUCUUUUGUGCAUCGUUUAAUUUAAGUCGUGUUGGGGAGAAACCUAUUCAACAUUAUUGUGGUAUAUGUAAAAUGAAGAAAUACAUUUACAGUCUCACAACAAUUUAUAUACCAAAUAUGUCAUUGUCCUUUUUUAUUCUAAAACCAUUUACAUGUACCGGUGCAACCAUAAUAAAACUACACCACUAAAACAG